UCUUGGGCCCGCCGGCCGGCGGGGGCGCCGAGUCGCGCUCUCGGGCACCAUGAGCGGCGGCGGGGCCAAGGCGGCGGCGGCUGCCGAGCGGGACGAGUUCUUGGGCUUCUUUCCGCAGAUCGUCCGCGAUCUGACGGAGGACGGCCUCGGGCACCCGGAGGUGGGCGACGCCGUGGCCCGGCUGAAGGAGGUGCUGGAGUACAACGCGCCAGGCGGGAAGCUGAACCGCGGGCUGACGGUGCUGGGCGCCUUCCGGCAGCUGGCGAGCCCCGGGCAGCGCGAUCCGGAGAGUCUCCGCUGCGCCCUGGCCGUCGGCUGGUGCAUCGAGCUGUUCCAAGCCUUUUUCCUGGUGGCCGACGACAUCAUGGACGCGUCCCUCACCCGCCGGGGGCAGCUUUGCUGGUACAAGAAGGAGGGGAUUGGUCUGGAUGCCAUCAACGAUGCUUUCCUCCUGGAGUCCUCUGUCUACAGGCUGCUGAAGAAAUACUGUGGGCAGCAGUCCUAUUACCUGCAGCUGCUGGAGCUGUUCUUGCAGACUGCCUACCAGACUGAGCUUGGGCAGAUGCUGGACCUCAUAACUGCUCCUGUUUCCAAGGUGGAUUUUAAUCGCUUCAGUGAGCAGAGGUAUAAGGCAAUUGUUAAGUACAAGACAGCAUUUUAUUCCUUCUAUCUGCCUGUGGCUUCUGCCAUGUACAUGACUGGCAUUGACAGUAAAGAGGAGCACGACAAUGCCAAAGCAAUCUUGCUGGAGAUGGGCGAGUUCUUUCAGAUCCAGGACGAUUACCUGGACUGCUUUGGGGACCCAGAGCUGAUGGGGAAGGUUGGCACUGAUAUCCAGGACAACAAGUGCAGCUGGCUGGUGGUGGAGUGUCUGCGCCGGGUCACACCAGACCAGAGGAAGAUCCUGGAGGAGAACUAUGGCUGCAAGGAACCCGAGAAGGUGGCAAAGGUGAAGGAGCUCUAUGAGACUGUGGGCAUGAGGGCUGCUUUUCAGGAGUAUGAGGAGAGCAGCUACCAGCGCCUGCAGGAGCUGAUCAGUCAGCACAGCAACCGCCUCCCCAGGGAGAUCUUUCUUAGCCUAGCUCAGAAGAUUUACAAGCGGCAGAAGUGAUGGUGGGCCUGGCCGUGAACUGUGAAAUCUUUGAUGAGGAGGCCUGCAGGGAUUGCAACCCCCUGCUGCUGUGGCUGCCCGAGCUGGUCCCUGCCGACCCAGCUGCUCCCUGCCCCUCAAGCCCCCAGCUCUCCUGCCCUGGGUUGGGGCUAUUUGUGCCCUGGGGCUGCCGGGGGUCGUAGCUCACUCAGCUCCCGGUGUUUGUGUCAAUAAACAUAAGUUAUUUCGGG